AUGUCUUUAAACGCUACAAAAAUCAAAGGUCCCAAUCGAUCCGAUUACAAGACUUAUAGCUCAAAAUGUUUCUUUUCUUAUCCUCCCAAUGGUACAGGAUUUCAAAUGGGUUACCUGGGUAUCGGUCCUUCCACAGUUUCCGGCGGAUUUCAUUUACAUUAUCCUAAAAAUCGUCAAGUAAAUAUUUCAAAAAUUACUUUGGCUUUAAAAGGUGGUGAAUAUGGAGAAUUGGAUUCGAUAGAAACUGUAAAUAAUGUUUUUUUUGAAUCGAAUGUCGUUCUUUGGUCGGCGGCAGCCAAUAAUGGUUUAACUUGUGGAGUUAUAUAUAUGUUCGUCGCUACCGUACAUAUUAGUGAUGAUCUUCAUAAAGUGAUUAGAUGCAUUUGUCCAAUCACACGAUGGAGUUUACCAAAUUUAGUCAAACAACCCGAAUCAUUAACUCGACCUAAAUAUAAUAAUAGUCGAUGGAAUAAUUUAACUAAUUUUGGUGGUGGUAGUGGAAGAGGUGGAAAUGAAAUAGAAGAUAUUAUUUGUGAUGCGAAACUUGAAGAUAAAACUUAUAACAUGGGAUCAACCUUAAAUCUUUUAGUUUCAUUAAUUUUACCCUCGACUUUUACUUCUUCAAUAAAAGAGGUACGAUUAGGAAUUAAAGAAUAUCAAAAUUUACAAGAUUCCGGAUAUAACGUUAAUUUGUCAAAAUAUAAGGUUGCCAAUAAUGUAUAUAAUGGAAAAGAAUUUAUUAAGGAAGUGAUAGUCGAUGAAAACGAUGGGGGCAUUAAAGAAAAUCGAUAUUUAUUAGAUUUGGAAUUGGAAAUUCCGAAAUGUGAUAUUACGCCAGAUUUCGAAAAUAUUCGUGAACUUAAUCAUGUUCAAUUGGGACAUCGAUUAAAAGUUCGAAUUAAAUUUGGUAAAUUUAAAUCUUUAAUAUUAAAAGGUGAAAUAUUAAUUAAAAAGUCUUUGAGUGAAGAGAAACUUGAAUUGGCAAUUAAAAAUGGUAUGAUUUAUAAUAAACCAUAA